GCGUACGAUUCAACAACAACUCGCCGAGCCGCCGAGGUCAGUCUGUCGACGGCAUCCACUCCGUGCAGGUACCGUUGCGUGCGACCUCGCGUCAUUAUUGUUUGUCCGUCGUUCUCACGUCGAAUUCGCGUAUAUAUUAUAUUGCGCGUUCUUGCAGUGUGCUCACGUAUUAGAGUCGGUUUAAAAUUAUUUUAAUUUUUUUUUGAACCACCUCGAUUGGACUUGUAUGUACCUUGGUUGCAUAUUAUUUAUUUUCGUUUUUUUUUCACUCGUAUCGCGGUGUGCGGUGGCGGUAGUCGACCCGAACGUAAACCUAUGUGGCUAUACAAAUAUCGGUACAAAUGCGCGGGCGAACCAUCGAGGAAAUGACCGCCGCCGCGAUUUCGCGGCUCUGGCCCGGCGGCGGUGUCCGGUCGCGACGUCCUCGUUACGUUUUCGCGACGACGACAACGGCGACUACUAUUAUGCUGCUGGUGCCGCUUUUCCUGCUGGCCCUGGCGACGGCGUCACGUGCGUCCGACAGCUGUGAUUGGAGCGGAAGCGGACUGACUUCGGACUCGUCGGAACACUCGGUGAGGCCCGUCCGAUUGGACCGAUGCUGGGCCGGCACGGUGCGCUGGUCGUACCCGCGGGGCGCGCUUAGGGUGGUGUUCCGGUUGACGGGCACCAGUGGCGGCCGCGAGUUCCGCGUCUGCCUCAAGCCGGACCGGCUGGACGGCGUGCGCGUGCUGUUGGACAGCGCGCCCCGUCGCCUGAUCGCCGUCUACGAUUACCGCACGGCCGGCGAACCGCUCCGGUCGCGGUGCUUCAAAAGCGUCGGCGGCACGGCCGCGUUCUACGUGGAGGCUGACAAGACGGGCGAUCGGUCCGGUCCCGUCCGGUUCCGGUACGAUCUCGAACCGCUCGCCGAGCCAGCGCCCCAACUGUUCGUAGCCGACAACCUCGAUGACGAAUGCCGACCGUGUACCGUGGAAGAAAUGACACAAGCUUACUGCACGAGUAGUUUAGUGGUCCAAGGCACCAUAGUGGGCGUGUCUUACGACGGCGACGUGUCACGCGUGCGCGUGAUGCCCACCAAGGCACACCGUUUGCCGCCCGAAGAAGACGACCGGGUGGUGGUGCAAAUGUCACCGCCGCAGCAGCUGCAGCCUGAGGACGAAAGCGGACGGCCCCGCCGCGACGACCGGCCGAUGACCAUAACGUUCGGCCGGGGCUGCAGGCCCGCCGCCGGACCCGGUGAGUUCGUGUUCAUGGCCCGAGCCAAAUUCGACGAGUUGGCGCUGCGGUGUGCUCCCAGGUUGGAGGAAUGGCGACAAGCAGUAAAGGCGGACAAAUCUCCCGGCUGCAUUCUAGCCGGUUGAACGGCCGAAAAUACAUCAUGUUAUGCGUUCAUAUACAUAUAAUAUAUUAUAUAUAUAUGUCGUCUAGGAUAAGAUAUAUAUAAUAUUAUAUAUUUAUAGGUACGCGUAUAGUACCUAAGAGUAGAAACUGUUAUAUAUUGCAUACUAUAAUACAGGGUUACCAGAACCGUUGUUGAAUUAAGUUUUUUUUUAAACAUAUUUUUAAUUUUUUUUUUUUUCAAAAGUCAUCGUGCUAUAAUUAUAGUAUUACUCUUUUUUGUAUAAGAAUAUACUUAUAUAAAAAUGGCCAUAUAAAGGUAAUAUUAUAUUAUAUAUUAUACUUUCAGUUGACGCUUGAACAAAAAUCGCUUUAAUACUGCUACCGCCUACCAGCUACGGCUAUGCAUAUAAAUGAUAAUCGUUCUGUAAAUGAGAAUUCGUAUAAUUAUACUACAGCGGAUAUAGUGAUCUAAAAUAAUUAUCGUUAUAAAAGUUCGUUUGGCGCGUGAAAUUUGCAAAAAUUAUACGUUCGGCCAAAGCGACUCAUCGGUAAGAUAGGAGGAGGAAGAGGGAGGAAAGGUUCGCGUACAUAUAUUAUUUUACUUUCCUUGACGUAGAAGAAAGGUUCUGUGGCUGUGAUUUCAAACGUUUUAUGUAAACGUUGAAAAAAUUCAAAAUAAUGUAAAAAAAACACAGUGGAUGUGCGUAUACUAUUAUAUAUUAUACAUUCAUAAUUAAUAACAUUGAAACUCUACAUCAAGUCUUUUGUAUAUGUACGUAAUUUUUUAAUUCUGAUUACUAUAGGUAAAUAAUGUAGCUCUUGCACUGCUUUUCGUAGAAAUUCUUAUAAUAUACAUCUAUAGUAAUGUAUAUAGUCUUUAUGAUACUAUAGCUACAAUGAUAUACUAUUAAAUAUUAUAAAGACUUAAACGCACGCCAAGGGCGGCUUCGACGACAAUAAAAAAUAUAAUAUAUACGAACGAAUUAUAAAUUUCACAGGAGACAUGUUUCUUUCCUCCGUGUCUCUUAUUAUUUCACACUUAAGUCACAUUUAUUAUACAAUAUUUUUAUUCUUUACCCCAUAAUUAUUAUUGUAGCCAAAAGGUAAUUUUACUUCCUCCCCAGUUACAUUUAUGUAAAAUAAGCGCGAUAUAUGCAUGAAUUGUAUAUAUCGUUCAUAUGUGAAUCUAUGUGCCAAACUUUAUAAAAAAAAAAACAAAAGGUUUUUUU